AUGGCUGCGUCCAUCCGCCGAACCCCCGGGGGCCACAGCAAGACAUACCUCUUGCUUGGAGCAUGGAAGAAGGGGGCCAAGAGCAUAGACAUCCAAUUAAGAUACACACCACUUGGUCAUGGCUUUUUGGAUCUGGCUCGCGUUACAUCUAACCUCAGAUCCAUGUCAAGGGUUCUCUCGGGAUUUGCGUCGCUCGCAGCGAAUAUGCCAGUGAGACCCCCUCCAGAGAGACAGCAGACUACAAAACUUCAUUCAGAUGUUGGCUGUGGUCAUAUUUCUGAUGCACACAAAUCCAAGGCGCCACUGAAUCCGACCAGCCCAUCUGGCCGUGCCAAAGAUCUCAUUCGCGGCUGGGUAUCACCGCCCAAUGUGCGAGGCACAAGUGACAUAUUGUACGGCAGCCUCGCCACGACAUGGCUUUGCACAUGGACAUGCCUCUGUCUGCACAUACCUACCCAAGAGAGUCGCCGAGGAUGGCGAUCGCUUCUCUACAAAUUCCGGUGGCAGCUCUUCACCCUGUUCUUUCCCGAAGUCCUGGUGGCUGUGGCUAUGGAGCAGUGGCUGUCCGCACAUCAAUCGGUCAGGGUCUUCCACAGGUUGGGACACCCCGAAUGGACGACACGCCAUGGAUUCUAUGCAGAUAUGGGCGGUAUCCUGGUCGCCCCGAGGGACUAUCCUGCAUUUCCCGUUGACAGCCAACAACUUGCCUACCUCAUCGAACACAAGAGUUUGAUCUUGCCAGAGAUUCCCACGCUGGAAAUCCAGGCUCUGAACAAAGCAGAUGGGCUAGCACGCUUGGUGACACUCAUCCAGAUGACCUGGUUCUGCAUCUCUUUCAUAGCCCGUGGUGCAACCGGCCUGGGAUACUCGACACUCGAAGUCACCACGCUAGCAUUCAUCAUUUGCACGCUACACACCUUCUCCUUCUGGUACUACAAGCCUUUGGACCCGCAAGUCCAACGCGUUGUGCCCAUUGACUCCAACAUUAAUCAACUCUGCGAGCGACCGGUCUGUGAUACUAGUUCGAAGGCUGCUCCUGCCGUCACUGUCACCAUCAACACCACAAGCACCACCGGCAUAGCCAGCACACCCGCUGCUCCCACAUCGCCUUCUCCUUGCGUUGAGCCUUACUCCCGGACACCACUCGACUUUGUCAAGCCUGCGCCCGACCCGAAGAGUCUGACGAUCCCGUUCUGGUAUGGUUUUUCGGUCGUCUUCUUCUAUGGCCCAAAGGCCAAACAAAAGCCCGCACAGACAAUGCCGAACAGCAUCACCCUCCCGCCCGGCGGCCUCACCACGGGCGUGACGAUCUACACGGUAUUGUUCCAGCUCAUGUAUCACGGGCUACACAUCGGCUUCGCAUGGCUAGCGGCGUUCCCCUCGCGCACCGAAUUCUACCUCUGGCUCGUGUCCGGUGGCACCGAGUUCGGCCUGAUCCUGCUCUACUGCCUCUUAGCACCGAUCGGUGCUUACAACACCCGUGAGCUGGGCCGGUACUUUUUCAACCGUGAAGCCACCAGCAUCCCCGAGCUCGCGAAUAUGUUGCCGCCCUGGUUGAAAAUUCUGUUGCACGCCCCCUUCGUCAUCGCGUACAUGGCUGCGAGAGCCAUCGUGCUGGCCGAGUCACUCGCCAGCCUCCGAGCACUGCCCGCUUCCGUCUACCAAGACGUGAACUGGCCCAACUUCAUGCCUCACGUGUGA